ACCAAUGUCCAUCAGAAGAUUUUACAACAUGCUUGGCUCCUGACACUAUUUUAGUGGUCAAGAUUCUCUUCCAACACCCAGUACAAGGAUGACCAACACAACAAUAGAAGUGUCGUGGUCACUACCUCCCAUAAUAGACUGCUGUCUUAACACUGUGUUCAGUUAUCCUCUGGUGCAAUACAACUAUGCUUUAGAUAACGGAAACUUUUUAAUCCAGAGGAUCCUUUUCAAAGACAUUUGAAAUAUGAUAACCUCCAACCUUUCUCUCGUAUCGGAUUUCCUUAGUAGUGACACAAUAUAUACACUGUGGCUGGACCUCAGAGUAUAUUAUUUAUACCCGGAAUAAGAACAAAAGAAGGAGUGCCUGAUCCAGUGCCCACCCCUAGUGCUGUGGGGUCUGGGGUAACAUGUAUUGAUGUGUUUUGGAGUGGUCCAGACAAUCUUCGUGGAUCAAUUGACAAUAAAACUUACUUCCUUACUUAUAGAGGAGGCUCAUUUGAUGUAUCUGUAGAUGUUGGAACUAAUAUGUCUUUAUCAUUGAAUGAUCUUACUCCUGACGUGGAAUACAUGAUUGAGGUGAAGGUAUCCAAUGGAGUUUUAAACAGCAGUAUUAUAGCAGUGGAUGCCUCGUCAUGGCCAAGAGCUCCUUCCCCAGAAUAUGUGCAGCGUACCAACACAUCAAUGACUCUUACACUUGAAUUGGAAGAUGUACAUGUCAACAUAUCUUCAGUUUUCAUUGAGGCCAUUACAGCUGAGGAUGAUGGCGUAAAUCGCAGCAGCUCUGAACAAGUUGUAAAUGGUACUCUUCCGAUGAUAUUGAACUUCACCCUAUCUUCUUUGUCAGCAUACACAUAUUACAAUGUCAGAGCAGUUGCUACGUAUGUCUUAUCCAAAUGUAAUACAAGUAAGUAUGCUGGACAUCCUAAGAUGAUCUGGACUGAACCUGGUGUACCUGACCCUCCGGCAGAAUUGAAAAUUGAAAACAAUGGAAUAGCUUCUUGGGAUGCAGUUAAUCCAAGAACUGAUAAUCCUAGAAUCUCAUACAUUCUUGAAGUAAUUAGAGUUGAUGAUGGAGAAAUUGCUGUGACUAAAGAUGUGGGAAAUACACUCACUGCAAAUCUGAACGACUUCAAUUUAGAAGUUGGUCAGAGCUAUAACAUUUGUGUCCUUGCAAUGAAUAACAUUGGGAACGGCAAACCAAGCUGUGUUCUCUACACACAUAUGAUACCCCCAGAUGCUGAGCCAGAAAGUGUCCUUUCCAGUGGUGAAUAUGCUGCAAUUGGGUCUGGAGCUGGUGUUGUGUGCAUACUGCUGCUACUUAUUGCUAGUCUCAUUGUGUACUUGGUGUGCAGAAGAAGAAGGGAAAAGUCACUGGCGAGGUUGGCUUAUGCAUAUGGCCCAGACUUGGAACUCUCUAACAUACGUGCUCAACGUUAUCAUCGAACCACUACAGGCAAUAAUCCAAGCUUGUGGUCAAAAGAAACAUUUGUUGCUACUGAAGAAGAGCUUGCCCUACUCAAUCAAUUUCCUCGUCAAUACAUAACAUUGGAAGAUUUUCUUGGACAGGGAGAAUUUGGUGAAGUUUAUCAGGGAACUGCUUUUGAUAUAUUAGGUGUCGAUACAGGUCCUCAUCCUGUGGCUAUCAAGACAUUCCGCAAAGGUGCUACCCUGGAUGAAAAACACAAAUUCCUUUCCGAAGCAGCUCUCAUGGGGAAAUUUGAACAUCCAAACAUUGUGAAGAUAUUGGGCAUAUGUGUUGAUAAUGACCCAGUAUUCAUCAUUAUGGAGUUGAUGCCUGCUGGAGACCUAUUGAAAUUCCUAAGAGAAGCACGACCAGAGUCGGGUCCAGCAUUACUAACACGGGAAGAGCAUCUUUACAUCAUCAAAGACAUUGCACAGGGUUGUCGUUACCUGGAGCAGCAGCACUUCAUUCACCGUGAUUUAGCUGCUCGGAACUGUUUAGUGUCUAGCAAGGGUGCUGAUAGAAUUGUAAAAAUUGGAGGUAUGUGUAUAUAUAGCAUAAUCUCUACAUAGUACGUAAUAUCCUCACAUUACAAAGAUUUUGGACUGGCACGAGAUCUCUAUAGCUCUGACUACUAUCGUGUUGAGGGUGAGAGGAAGCUUCCAGUGCGAUGGAUGGCUCCAGAAGCUCUGCUCCAGGGGAAAUUUACGAUUGAAUCAGAUGUGUGGGCGUAUGGAAUUCUGCUGUAUGAAGUUAUGAGUUUUGGGAACCAACCAUAUCCUGGGCAGUCUAACCAGGAUGUCUUGCAGUAUGUAACUGCAGGUGGAAGACUUCCAAAGCCAGAUAAAUGUCCUCAGAGAAUCUACCGUCUCAUGAUGAAAUGCUGGAGGAAAUACGCUUCUGAGCGUCCACGGUUUGAGGAGAUAUGCCAGUAUCUGGAUAACAUAAUAGAAGAUAUGAAGCGCGACAGCUACUGUGAAUCAGAUUCAGAUGAUGGUGAAACUCUCAGCAGGGAGGGAUCAAAAAGAGUUCCAACCAGAAGUCCAUCCUUCAAAUCAGGGUUCCAAAACUUGGUUCGUUCUGGAAGUAAGAAGUUGCGUAACAGUCUUCGGAGACACAGUAUACAUCGGAAGGAAGAACAAACAACUCACACAUCAGUAAGCAGUUGCGACAAUCUCAUUCCCACUGAAAACGGUGAUUCCUUCCGAGAGAGUGGACUUAUUUAGCAGUUGGCUUCAGUCAUUUUUAGUUUAACUUGUUUGUGGAUAUAUUGUUUUUAAUUUUGCGAAUUAAUCUAUACAUGAAUGAUAACAAUACCCCUUCCGACAAGUGUACACAGUUUUAUCCUUUUUAUGUAAUGUACGAUCACCACCAAAAUGUAUUUUCUGUGUGACACAUGCAAAUUUUUAAGAUGUCAAUAAUCAUACUCUUAUGGGAUGGGUAAGGCAUUCAAUGAUGAACAUUGAUCUACUUGAAACCUGAUUCAUCUUACCAUGAUACAUGCACAAUUUUUUCCGAAAAGCCUGGGGUAUUACCAAAACCCUAAUCCUAACUGAUCA